CGGGCAACAUCCGGGGCUCGGACAAGGAUGAACGCAAGUUUCCAAGAUGGCGGCGGAGGGAGGAGGGAAGGAGAUGAACGAAAUUAAAACUCAAUUCACCACUCGGGAAGGCGUCUACAAACUCCUCACGCACUCCGAAUACAGUCGCCCGAACAGGGUGCCUUUCAACUCGCAGGGCUCCAACCCCGUCAAGGUCUCCUUCGUCAACGUGAACGACCAGUCUGGCAACGGCGACAGGAUCUGUUUCAAUGUGGGCCGGGAGCUGUACUUUUACAUCUACAAAGGCGUGAGAAAGGCUGCUGAUCUGAGUAAGCCCAUAGACAAGAGGAUAUACAAAGGAACGCAGCCUACGUGUCAUGAUUUCAACCCACUCACAGCUACAGCAGAGAGCGUCUCCCUGCUGGUGGGCUUUUCCGCAGGCCAAGUGCAGCUCAUAGACCCAAUAAAGAAGGAGACCAGCAAACUCUUCAAUGAAGAGAGACUCAUAGACAAGACGAGAGUAACAUGUGUACGAUGGGUUCCUGGGUCCGAGAGCCUGUUCCUGGUGGCUCACUCCAGUGGCAGCAUGUACUUGUACAACGUGGAAAACACCUGUGGCACCACGGCGCCUCACUACCAGCUCCUGAAGCAGGGUGAAAACUAUGCCGUGCAUACCUGCAAGAGCAAGUCGGCUCGUAAUCCGUUACUUCGCUGGACAGUCGGGGAAGGCGCACUAAAUGAGUUUGCCUUCUCCCCGGAUGGCAAGUUUCUGGCCUGUGCGAGCCAGGACGGCUUCCUGCGGGUGUUUGGCUUUGACGCCGCGGAGCUCCAUGGAACAAUGAAGAGCUACUUUGGCGGCUUACUGUGCGUGUGCUGGAGCCCAGAUGGACGAUACAUUGUGGCGGGAGGGGAGGACGACCUGGUGACGGUGUGGUCGUUUUCCGACUGCAGAGUGAUCGCACGGGGACAUGGCCACAAGUCGUGGGUGAGUGUGGUGGCGUUUGACCACUGCACCACAAGCGUGGAAGACGGCGACCCCCCUGCUGAGUUCAGUGGCAGUGACGAGGAAUUCCAUGAGCAAGUUCACUUUGGUGCGGGCAGAGACCGAGCUAACAGCUCUCAUUCUCGGCUUUCUAAAAGAAACUCUACAGACAGUAGGCCCGUCAGUGUGACGUACAGAUUUGGCUCAGUGGGCCAGGAUACUCAGCUGUGUUUGUGGGACAUUACUGAGGACAUUCUAUUCCCUCACCUCCCUCUGUCCCGUACUAGGACUCACACUAAUGUUAUGGGUGCCGCAAGCCCUCCAGCCACUGGACAAACUACUACGACUACUGUAUCCACCAUCCCCACCCCCACCACCACCACCACCACCACCACCACCACUAAUCCCAGUGGCACAAAUGGUAAAGACAAUGUGAGCAACAGCAGCUCCAGUGGUAACACCGCUAACUCCCUCCCCAGCACCCUGCCUCGGUCCAAUAGCUUGCCCCACUCCUCCAACCCAGCAGGGGGCAGCACCCCCAACAGUCACACGGUCAGCAACAGCAGCACCGCAACCACCAAGGGCAACAGCAUCAUUGACAGCGCUUUCAUCGCCACCGGAGUGAGCAAGUUUGCAACGCUGUCGCUACACGACUCGCGCAAGGAGCGCCACGAGAAGGACCACAAGCGGAACCACAGCAUGGGCCAUAUCAGCAGCAAGAGCAGCGACAAGCUCAACCAGCUCAGCUCGACGCGGACGGUGAAGGCCGACGCGGCCAAGACUCUGGGCACCAUGCUGUGCCCGCGCAUGGACGAAGUGCCACUGCUCGAGCCGCUGGUGUGCAAGAAGAUCGCUCACGAGAGACUCACUGUGUUAAUCUUCCUUGAGGACUGUCUGGUAACAGCCUGUCAGGAGGGUUUCGUUUGCACAUGGGCUAGGCCUGGGAAAGUGGGAUUGCUCUCAUCUCAAAACAACCCAGCCAACUCCCCCAGUGGAACAGUAGUAUAGCCCCAGUGCUGGUGCUGCUAAUGACAGCUCCAUGCAACAGAGGCGGGGGAUGACCAAGGCCAAGGCCCUGCAGCGCUUCUUCACACACUCUCACACACCACAUGACCUCCAGUGUCACCUUCAUUCUCAUCACUACGGCCACUCAGAUGUUCUCUUUUGUGUUACUGCUUAUGUUUAUAUAACUGAUGUUGGCCAAGCCAGGGUUAGGAACCUGCCACCCCCCUCCCUUUUUUUUUUCCUGUCUGGAGGUGAAAUGGGUGCUAUUGCAAGUAAGAGGGCAAGCUUUAAAUCAUCCAGGAGGUUUAUGAAAGGGACUUACCACAUCCGCAGUCAUAUCAAGUCGUUUAAUUCGGUCACAUUUUCAAUAUUUUGUUUCUCCAAAUGUAUUCAGAGAUAGAGGGAAUGUGAUGAAGCAUUGUUUCUGAGCAGCAGCAUUUCCUUAGUGCCGUCUCUUUAAUUUUUUUUUCUUUAACCUCCUGGGUGAUCCCUUGCGCAGCCACAUUCCUUGAAACACCUGCUCAAGAGAGACUGGAACUUCCUUUUACCUACUUCCUUUACAAAUAUUUCAAUCAGAGGUAUCACACUUAAAAGUGUAUUUUGCACAGAUCGACUUUCAUUCUUUUCCUCUCUUUUUUUUCCCUUUUUGAAUUCAUGACAGUGGAACACAAGCAAACUAAUGUUUGGACAGUUUUGGAAGCACUUGGGGGAAACGGCAUGUUAUUGCCUCCUGUCUCAACGCUGGAUGCUGCAAUCAUAGUUUUUUACAUGGAAAAAAAGUUGUUUGCACUUAAUAGUUUGUUAGAGGAGAAAUGGCUUUACAUUUUUGGAGUGUGUAAGGACUCCCUGACAAGGUUGAAAUAUAAAUAGAAUUAAAAAGAAACUUUGUAUCUAUUGAGCAUUUAUUUUAAUAUUGUUUCAGAUUAAAUGGUCCCUGUAUUAUAUGUAAAUAUUGUACUUCAAUGAUUUAUGGGUGAAAAACCGUCAUUACAUUAGUUGAAAGAUCCUCAUUUCAGAAAAUCGUGCUAUUUCUAAUACAGAAAACAAACCUAUACCUAAUAUUAAAAAGGAAUCUUGAUUAUGCAGGUGAAAAA